ACACACACACACACAAAAUACAAAAUAUUUAAAGCCAUUGAUUCCAGUGUGUGUGUGUGCGUAUCAAUUGAUCAUUGACUUUCGAAUAUUCUUUAAUUACCCAACAAAAAAAUUAACAAUCAUCGAAUAUUUUGUGUGUGUGUAUGUGUAUGUGUCAUCCACUUGUCAAUAUAAAUAUCCAGUGUUAAAAUUGACAUUUUUUUCUGGUUUAUAAAAAAAAACACAUGACUUUAUCAAUGGAUAGUAAAGAUUUUUUACCAAAUAAUAAUGAAGAUGAUGAUGAUGAUCAAUCAUCAUGUAAUAAGAAACCAAUGGCCACUACUACUACUACCGCCACCACUACUAUCGAUACUACUGUUAAUAAUCAAGAUGAAUAUCAAAAAGCAAUAACACCACGUCCAAUACGUUAUUUUAUACUCAUAUCGACAAUAAUUGAAAGCAUAAUUUUUUCCGGAUUAAUAUUUGGUUGGCCAGCAUUAUUUUAUAUGCUUAAAAAUGAACAAAUCUAUUCACAUCUUUGUUCAUCACAAAAUGAUGAUAAUGAUGAUGGACAACUGUCCAUAUUAUUUGAUGAUAAUAAUGACCAGUUCAACAAUACGACCAUUGAUUCAAUUUUUUUCGUUGAUGACACCGACAACAACAAGGCGACAUAUAAUUGGUAG